AUGUUCAUGGGUCUGGAUGAAGUCUUUCUGAUUCUGUCGAUAGUGGAGUUCCUCGUCGGAAUACUGGGGAAUGUUUUCAUUGGAACGGUUAACUGCUAUGAAUGGGUCAAAAACCACAAGAUCUCCCUGGCUGACUUCAUCCUCACCUGCUUGGCUCUCUCCAGAAUCAUGCAGCUGGUGGUGUAUUUAUUCCAAUCUUUUCUGAUGGGACCAGGUGCACAUAUAUACCUCACUUAUAAACUAGGAAGGCUUUUUAGCUUGCUUUGGAGAGUAGCUAUUCACUUGACUACCUGGCUGGCGACCUGCCUCAGCAUUUUCUACCUCCUGAAGAUUGCUCAGUUCUCCCACUCUUUCUUCCUCUGGCUGAAGUGGAGAAUGAACAGAGUGGUUCUAAUGACUCUUGUCUCUUCUUUGGCCAUUCUGAUUUUUGACUUGCUAUUGCUAGAAAGACUUUUCAUUAGUGACUAUAUAUUAGAUGGAAGUAAUCUGACUUCACAUCCAACUGAAAGAAAAACUUCCCAGGUUAACACUCUGAUUAUUCUUAGCAUGACCUAUUUUAUCCCCUUCCUCCUGUCCCUGACCUCUUUGGUCCUUUUGUUUCUGUCCUUGGUGAGACACACCAGGAAUUUGCAGCGCAACUCCAUGGCUUCCCGGGACUCCAGCACAGAGGCCCAUAAAAGAGCCAUGAAAAUACUGCUGUCUUUCCUACUCCUCUCCGUGGUUCAUUUUAUUUCCACGCAAUUGGCAAUUUGGUUGUUUUCUGUGUUGUGGCGGGACAUGUUUGUAAGGUUUCUCGUGUUAGUAAUGUAUGUCCUUCCCACAGGCCACUCGUUUAUUUUGAUUCUGGGAAACAAGAAACUUGGACAGGCAGUCCUGAAAGUAUAUGGUAUCUUAAAAGCUUAUUGA